AUGAUGAGUGAAUAUAGCUACCCUUUAAAUAAAGAGGCUAAAGUACAAUAUUAUUGGAGAUGCAAGACUCGCUUUUGUUCCGCAACACUUAUCACAACCAGAAAUAUUAGUACUGGUGGACAUUCAAUAAGUACUGAAGGAGAAAUUCAUCAUCUUCAUGGGCCUUCGAUUGCAAAACAAGAGAUUCGAGUAUUUAGAACACAAGUUAAACGACGCGUUCGUGAAGAAUUAACACCAGUUGCUCUGCUUAUUGAACAAGAAAUGAGAAAGAUAAAUUUAUCUUCAGAAGCACAGCAACUAUCAACACAUCCACAACAUAUGAAAGCUGCUUUUAGUCGAGAACGUCAUAAAUGUAUUCCAAAUAUUCCACGAUCUUUAGAUUUUAUCAUUCCACAUAUGUAUACAUUGACACGUGGAUUCGAACGUUUUCUAUUAAAUGAUAAAACUCAAGGGGAAAGUGUUGGCUCCAAGCACCAAAUUUUGCUACAACGUAUCGAAGGUGCUGAUCAGGUGUUAGAGAUUCUGAAACAUGCUAAACAUGCUAGUAGUUGUGAAAAAGGAACAGUAAAAUAA